AAUAACAAUUAAUGGUUACUGUAAUUUUAUUUAAUUAUUCCAGGUGAAGAAGCGUAUAAAUUAUAUGCAACUGAUGCAGAUGGCGACACACUGACCUAUUCUAUUUCCGGAGCAGAUGCAGGAUAUUUCCAAGUAGAUAUAAACACUGGCAUUGUCACAGUAAAAGUCGCUUUGGAUCGCGAGGCCAAUGACAUUUUGAAUGUUGAGAUUGGUGCGAAUGAUGGAAAUGGUAUGCGUACUCAGAAACAAACUAUCAUUAUUAUGGAUGCCAAUGAUGUACCACCCAUUUUUAUAAACGCUCCAUACACAAUAACUAUUUUUGAGAAUGAAACUGAAGGAACAAUAUUAUUUAAUGCCUUUGCAGAGGAUUAUGAUCAAGGGCCUGCUGGAGAAAUAAAUUAUAACAUUCUGGAAGUUCUGCCAGAUGACCCAUAUCUUUUUAAAAUUCAGCAGAAUGGAAGUGUUAUUUUGAACGGUACACUGAGUUACACUGAGAAAAGCAGGUUCUAUCAGUUAACGCUCGAAGCUUCAGACAGUGGUGGAAAGUAUCAUGGAAAAGAUGUUGUUCAGAAAUCCUCUGCAUUUGCACUUAUUAAUAUUGAAGAUGUUCCUGACAUGAACCCCAAAUUUCAGAACACCCCUUAUCAAGCCACGAUCCCUGAGAAUUCCAAAGUGGGAACGCCAGUAUUUCGAGUUUUGGCCAUAGAUGGUGAUCUGGGAAUUAAGGACAAAAUUACAUACACCAUUCAAAGUUCAAAACCUCCAGAAUUAUUUGAAAUUGGUCUUCUGAAUGGUGAGAUACGUGUAAAGGGCGAUCUGGACAGAGAGAAUCUUUUUGACUUUAAUUCAGUCGUUGAACUGCAAGUUACUGCUGAAGAAAUGCACCUCAACAUCAAUGGAAUGGUGGCCUCUGCGAAUACAAGUGUAUCCAUCACAGUAACCGAUAUCAAUGACAACACACCUUCCUUCUAUAACUGUAGAAUUAACGCCUGUAAUUUUAACACGAGUUCAGAAGUCAGAUCAUUUACCACAUCACUUCCUGAACACGCCCCCCAAGGGGCACCAAUAGAAAACUUAACAAUAGUGGCCCAUGAUCCCGAUGAGGGUCUGAAUGGAAUAUUCAUGCUGCACUUGGAAGGACCAUAUGCACCUGCUUUUACUGUCUCUCCAAGAAAAAUAAAAAAUGAAGGAAUGGUGCAAAUAAUUGUGAGAGACUCAUCAGUCAUUGAUUAUGAGCAACUGAAAGUUAUACAUAUUUACAUUGUUGCAAAUGAUACAACAAAUCCUAACUGUUGCUCCAGAGCUUUUGUGACAAUCAACAUUUUGGACAUGAAUGAUAAUAGUCCAAAGUUCACAGACGAGAGAUAUGUGUUAACCGUGAAAGAACAUGCAAGUAUUGGAACUAUUAUCGGAACUGUUACGGCCACUGAUCCUGAUGAGGGCAUCUUUGGUGAAAUUACAUACAGCCUGUUACCAUUGAGCAUAUAUGAAUUUAAAGUCAACAGUAGUACAGGUGUGAUCACAGUUGGGAACAACACAGCGAUUGAUAGAGAGAGACGUCCCAUUUAUUAUGUGACCCUUCAAGCAACCGAUGGUGAGAAUCGUGCAGAUACUACUAUGAUUGAAAUUGUUCUGGAAGAUAUAAAUGAUUUCUCUCCGGAAAUAGCAAGAGAUUCCUACAGUGCAUUCAUCACAGAAGACAAAAUAAACGAAUUAAACAUUAAAAUUGAGGCUUUUGACAAUGAUGAGGAAGGUACCAAUAACAGCAAAGUGCGUUAUGCAAUAAUUGGUGGUGACUACCAACAAAAUUUCACUAUUGAUCCUUACACUGGCAUUCUUAAUUCGAUUGGAGUUAUUGAUCGAGAAGACAUAAACCCUUCAUGUAAUGGAAAAAUCACUCUAAUUGUGGAAGCUCGUGAUUUAGGUGUUCCAUCUCUUUCAACAAAUGUUAGCGUUGUUAUCAAUAUAGAGGAUAUAAAUGACAAUUCACCUGUAUUUGCUAAGUCUGUCUACUAUGCCUCUGUAAUGGAGAACACAUUAGGAGCCUUUGUGGCACUGGUUAGAGCCAGGGACAAUGAUGCUACAGAAAUCAACAACCGGGUGAUAUACCAAAUUGAAAACGGCAGCAGAGGAGCCUUCUUAAUAAGAACGAUCUUAAUCAAUAAUACUGACCCUAAACAAUACGCUGGAAAUAUUACCGUUGAUCCAACAUUUGCACUGGACUACGACAAAGGACCGAAAAUUUACAUUUUAGGGAUCAUUGCCUCGGAUUUGGGAGUCCCACCCAAAUCAGCCUAUACAAAUGUCCAUGUGACUGUAUUGGAUAUGAAUGAUGAACCUCCUGUGCUAGAUCAAAUUUCAAUGAGGGACCUGGAUGUCAUGGAAAAUUAUACCAUGGUUGGAAUAGUGAGAGACAUUACUGCCAGUGAUGUUGAUACCAAUCACUCACUGAUUUAUCGAGUGGUUUCAGUGGGCUGUAAGAAACGCAAUAUCGCUGAUAAGUUACCCGAUCCGCCAUGCCAGUAUUGGUUUGGGCUCUAUAACAAUGGCUCACUCUAUGUCAACAAAUCUUCAGUUAUUGAUUACGAGGAAUAUGAUGAAGUGCUCAUUACAAUUCGUGUUAUUGACCUUUACACUGAAAAGAAUAAUCAAUAUACUGAUGGUACACUUACCAUCAACAUUGUGGAUGCGAAUGACAACCCACCUGUGUUUCUUGCCUUUAAAAGCAAGUCUGUUAUCGUGGCCGAAUUAGCAACAAUUUCUGCUGAAGUAACAACAGUUCAGGCAGCUGACAAUGAUACUGGAAAAAAUGGCGAAAUUAAUUUUGUUGUAACCCAUGUUCUAUUCAUUUAUUCGGAUGGCCGACCAAGCAUUGUAUUGCCAGAUGUAUUUGAAGCAUCGAGAGCGACCCUCAUUGGUGAUGAAUACACAGCAACUAUCAGAAUUAAAUCCUCACUGGACAAAACAUUAAAGGGUCAAUAUAAUGUAACCAUAAAAGCAAAGGAUAAAGGAGAUCCCAGCUUAGAUGCAACAAAUUACUUAGAUUUAAUUACAGUGGACGAGACUUUCAAGGCACGAUUAGAAUUUCAGGUGACAACUGAGGACGUUCAAAGAAAUUUGAAUAACAUAGCCAUUAUUCUUCGCAAAGCUACACAGUCAGAUCCACGUGUGGUAAGCAUAACUGGUGUUGGCAAUGGACGUGUUCAAUCAUUAACCAGAAAUGUAGCCAGAUCCAUUAUGGAGGUUUACUUCAUAUAUAACAACGGAACAGCUAUAGCACCCAACAACCUUAACGGCAUUCUCCAACAUGAUCCAGAGUCUGUAAAUGAAUUGAUAGAGCUUGGUCUUCUGAAUAUUAAAGAAACAACCAAACCCAUUAAUGGUGAAAGUCUACUCAUUGUUAUCAUUGGCGGAUUGAUAGCAGGUUUCGUUAUUGUAUUAGCCAUCAUGAUAACCCUUCUGUUCUGUGUUCGCAAAAGUUACAAAAGAAAAUUAAAAUCAGCAACUGCAAUGAACACAGCUAAAACAAUUUCCUUUGAUGCACUACAGAGUGGACCUGUAGUUCCUGGCACAAAUAAAUACACCAUGGAAGGUGCAAAUCCAGUUUGGAACACCAAUUUUGACACUUCAACAGACCUCAAUUUUGAAGACAUUACUUCAGAUCAAGCAAGCAUUAAUUCGCUAGAUGUGAAUUUGGUAGAUAUGAUGAUAGAAAAACCUCAAGUGAAACCAAAUGCAUCAAUGAUGACUGAGAAGACAAUGGGCAUUCACACAAAUGAAAAUGCCAGAGUUUUGAACUUCGCACCAGAUAUAGAGAAAGAAAGAGAUGGCUGGAAAAGAGGAGUUGACAAUCUCACCACCUUGAGCACUGAUAUUUGAGCAUCAGAUCAGGGGAUUUUUGUCUCUAGCAUUUGUUAAAUUUUGAAAUUUGCACAUAAAAUCUAUUAUCAAAAGAAAUGUGUUGAUAAUAGUUAGUGUUGCCUUUGUCAAGUGGAAAGAGCUUUCUCAAAUAAUGCGGUUUUGUGAAAAUCAUUAACAUGUCAUUCUCACACAUGUAUUUGUUAUAUUUGUCUUGACAUAAUUUUAUUAAUAAAUUAGCAUGUUUAUCUAAUGUUAUUAAUUCCCUCAAUGCCCAGUAAACAAUUGAGAUUGUGGUUAAAUUGUAAGAUAGCAGCAUUUCAUUAAUGAGGCCUAAUAAUAGGACAUCGUUACAACCAUUGUGAUUAAUUAAGAAGGACCUUAAUCAUCAUCUGUUCUUCUUGUGGCGAUAAAAUCUGUAGUUCGUUUUCUGGUGUUCAUUCUGGUUUAUCUACAUACACAUGCUUGACAGUCUGGCUCCAAGUCUUGGUCACUCAUUAUAUCAAUACUUGUUAACAGUAAUUUCUAACAUAUUACUAUAGGGAAAAUUCUUAGCAGUUUGAGUGAAAAAUACAAGAGCAUUUGGUUGUGCAAUGUUUUCAAAUAGAGCAAACAUAAAAUAUCAAGUCUUAAAAUCAAAGUCCGUAAAGUUUUGUCACAGAAGGAAAGAUGAAUAUAGUUGACUAUGUUGUAAUUAAAAAAUAUUUUGUGUAUGAUAUCCUACUUUUUACCCAAAGUAAUAAAUCAUGUUUUAUCAGUUGUUCUCUUUU